CAAUGUGAGCUCAAGCGUCAAUUCCAGCCCAGCGCACCUCUUUCGUAGGUUUCCCGUACAGUAAUUCCUAUAAAAUGCUACCGAGAACAAUUACUCGGACAGCGCGCCGCGCCCAGACCUCAUGCAGAGCUCCCACACUUUUCCUGCGAGGUUCAAGAAAUGUAUCAACGCUUCCGGAAAAUCCACACAUUUACGUCUUCAAACAUCCUUUAGACCCUGCUCGAUCCCUCCUAACCCUCCUCCCUACCAAUCCUCCGACCCUCGAACUUGCGCUCGGAAGCUGUACCUCCAUCCCACCAACGCCUGCGAACUUUACUGAGAACGCCUCAUUCCAUCCCAUAUUACAGUCUGUUCUACACAAUUACGCAACCCAAGAUCCCAACGUGCGGCAACAAGCGGCUGUCUUCGCCUCACCAGGCGGGUUCAACCUUGGGGCCAGAUCCGGCAGCAACGAUGGCGCCGGAGGCGCGAAUCAUCAAGCGGGAAUGGGCGGCGCAAACAGGGGAGGCUGGAUACAUGUGAGCGACGAGAGAAAUCCGCCAGACUGGGGUAGGAUUGCCUGGCCUGAAGACAUCUUCGGAAGUGUAGAAGUGGAUGGCAAUGGGAUGUUUGUUUCGGUGGAUGGAAACUAUCAGGACAGCGGGACCUAUAGAAUGGUGACAAGAGAGGGAAUACUCGGCCUGACACCCUUUCUCCGCGAGAAACUCGUCGAACGACUUCGUCAGCUUGAGAGCCAGAUGAGGAAGAAGUAGUGGUUCGGCGAACGCUCUUGUCUCCGGAACCGAAGCCGAAAGCCUCCCUGCUCCCGUUCGCUGCAUGCGACGAGCGGCGCCGUAGCAUUCGCGUCCGAUGGAAAUGACAAGGUGUCUCCACCAUCCGCAGUGAUGAUACCAUGCUUUAGAGCCGUAUUAGCGAUCAUCCAUUGUCCGCGGCCUAUAUUGCUAUUCCUGGGCAAGCGAUUAGUAGGAGGAAACGUUUCGGCAGGGAACUCUGUUCUCAUUCACAAGGGUCCUAAGGUUCGAACGGAUGAAAUCGUCUAGUGUAUCAUCAUCUGUAAUCCAUGUAAUCAUAAAAUGUAUAAAUAUCGCAACUUUGGUGCCUGG